AUGCCCGCUACUAUCCUCGGCAAGAGAACGCGCAGUUCUGCCACCGCAGAUGCAUCAGAGACACCAACCACAGCGUCGACACGCGCAAAAAGACGGACACAGUUCGUAAUACUGGACGAGGGCGAAAAUGACAACCCGUUUGUCACCCCGAGCAAGAAGAGCGGCCGCAAUGGCGAUGCGAUGGACCUGGAUGCGCCAGGGGAGCAGUCUACCGGAAAGCGCAGAACAAGGGCUGCCGCAACGACACCUGCCAAACACGGCGCACACAAUACGCGCAUACCACUGUCACCCACCAAAGUUAAUUCGCCAACAAAGGCAGCUGCGAGAUGUCCAGAAAAGCCCGCUGCGACUCCAUCAACACCCCGACACCGAGACGCCCUCGCUGGCAAGGUCGCCGUAACCCCAAGACAUCGACUGAUUGCUGCUGGACGCCCACGAACGCCUCACACGCCUACUAGUACUCCUCGGAACGCUGCGCUUACCGUCUACAAUGAUGCUCGUCAGCUGUUCGUCAGGAGUUCAGCGCCUAGUGCGCUCUUCGGUCGCGAGACAGAACGACAUGAGCUCCAUUCAUUCAUCUCCACGCGCGCCAAAAGCAAGUCGUCAGGCUGUAUGUACAUUUCCGGCCCGCCCGGAACUGGCAAAAGCGCCUUCGUGAACGAUGUCUGCGGCGAAAUUACCACGAACAAGCGCAUCAAGUCCGGCUACAUCAAUUGCAUGAGUGUGAAGAGUGCAGUUGACUUGUUCCGAACCUUGCUCGAGGAGUUUGUAGACAUCACGCAGAUCGAGGAAGGCGAGGAGAUGAAUACUCUAGAGAAGAUCUUCAUGCAGCGCGAUACGUCGUACGUGGUGACACUUGACGAAGUGGACCACCUUUUGGAGCUCGACACCGACCUACUCUACAACAUAUUCGAGUGGUCGCUGGAGGAUGCAUCAAGUCUGGUUCUUAUCGGAAUUGCCAAUGCUCUAGACUUCACAGACCGGUUCUUGCCUCGCCUAAAGGCUCGAGGUCUCAAGCCCCAUCUAUUACCGUUUCUCCCCUACACCGCGACACAAAUCUCUUCCGUCAUUACGUCAAAACUCAAAUCGCUUGUCUCUGAUGAAGCCGACUUGGUCCCUUUUCUCCACCCCACUGCAAUCAUGUUUCUCUCCAAGAAGGUUGCAUCACAGACGGGCGACCUACGCAAGGCGUUUGACAUAUGUCGACGAGCCAUCGAUUUAAUCGAAGCAGACACGCGCGACCAACACGCGAGAGAGAUCGACGAGAUCACACCAGCACCGACUCCUUCGCCAUCUAAAACGCCAUUAGUGGAGAAUAGGAACUUAUCAUCGCCCGCCGUUCGAUCACCUACAAAAGCCAUGGCCAAAAGCGCAUUGGCUCAGCUCACUGCACUGAACGCUCCGAGGGCUACGAUCGCACACAUGGCUCGUAUCACCGCAACAGUAUUCAGCAAUGGCACCUCCCAACGUCUGAAAAAUCUGAACCUCCAGCAAAAGGCCGUCUUGUGUUCCCUCUCCGCCUUGGAGAAAAGGAAGCGUGUUUCGGCAGCAGAGAACGUUUUCGACACUCCGUCCAAGGCUCAUAGCACAGCGCCCACCAUCAAAGAGCUUUUCGAAGCCUACACAGCUGUGUGCAAGCGCGAGCAGAAGCUUCACCCGCUCACGAGCACCGAGUUCCGGGAUAUCGUGGGCAGCCUCGAAACUCUUUCACUAGUCUCGGCAGUAGAGGGGAGGGCUGGAUCGCUUGUUGCUGUGAACACCCCCAGCAGGAAAAGCAAAGGCGGUUUCGGCGGGGCUUCUGUGGAUGAUCGGAGGGUUGCAAGUUGUCUAGAUGUGAAGGAGAUAUCGGAAUGUCUUGUCGGACCGGCUAGAGAUAUUCUCAAGGGUAUAUUUAGUGAUGGAGAGGCCCUUUGA